AUGAUCGUCACUAGGAAGCCGAUGCUCUCGCUGAGCUAUCUCAACGAAUCUUCUUUCAACCCACCACUUGCUUCAACUCCAAUCACUGAUAGAAAGAAACCAACAAGUCUGCAAUUUGUCGAUAGUUUAACGAUGAGUACCAAGACUCCUUCAACUGCGUCAUCAGCGACUCCUGCAUCACCAGCUCCACAAGUUGCCAAACGACGAAGAACGUCAAGUGGCGAUGGAAAGUCUGUGCGGAUACAAGAGAAGACCCCCGAACAGAAAGAUGACGACGUUGAAAUGGCAGAAGAGGAGGUGAAUGAAACGAAUGGAACGAGUGUUGAGGACAAUUUGGCAAAUCUACUUGAGACAAGCGUACAUCUGACCGAGGCGACGAUUAAUACAAAUAAAGACAAUCAUUUGAAAACAGCUGAGGAAAUUACGUUACCGAUUCGAGAGCCUUCACUGGUUGAAGCGGUCAACGACGAGAAAGAACCGAUUUCAGAUGAGACACAAAGAAAGUCGGAAGAUUUCACGAUUGGGGUUGCACAUACAUUCGGUCAAACGCUGAAUGCAAACGCAACUGAAGACAUCGACAACUUCACAUUUGGGCCAGAACCGCCAAAAGUUGCGCAGACUUUGACCGACAAUGUCACGCUCGGACAGAACAAUUUGAGUCAAAUCCUCUUAGGAGUCGGAGACCAAUUCUCAAUACAGACAUUGCCUCAAGAUGCGACAGGAAUUGCGAGCGUUAACGUGACUCAGGCAACUGCCACCAGGAAAAAUGCAACACAGAUGCUCUACGAGUCGCUUUUGGAUGAUCGACCAUUCUUUUUGGCCGAUUUCGUCGGUGAUGAAAACGACUCGCUGGCUAAAUUACUGCAUAUCAUUGAGCAGGCAAAAGUUGACGAAUGGAGGGAAGUGCUGCCGAACGACACGUUUAACAACAUCAAAAAGCUCGGUGAGGGUGUUUACGGAGAAGUGUUUGCAACAACGUGGAAUGGAGCUCCAACGGCAAUCAAGAUCAUUCCCUUUCGGGCCGAUAAUGUAAUCGAUGAAGCAAAAGUAAAUGGAGAGUUUCUGAAAUUCGCGGCUGACAUUAUACCUGAGGUGUUGAUCACAAGAGAACUUUCCGGGUUGUCGAAUACCGGCUCAUACCAGACGUCCAACUUCAUUGAACUUCUACAAGCUCGUGUCGUUAAAGGGAACUAUCCCGAAGAGUUUCUUGAGGCAUGGGAUGUAUUUGCUGGACGAAAAGGCGGCUCGGAAAAUGACCGGCCUGACACAUAUUCAACGGAUGAGCGUCUUUACAUCGUGAUCGCUUUGUCCAUGGGUGGAAUAGAUAUCGAGCACUACACGCCGAGAAAUGAAAACGAGGUGUUCUCGCUUUUGCUUCAAAUCAGCUUUGCACUGAUGGCCGCCGAACGAGAACUCUGCUUUGAACAUCGUGAUCUGCACGUUGGCAACGUAUUGGUAAAACAAACCGAGGAUGAGUAUAUUGAAUACCGAAUGAACGGUUUACCUUUGCGAAUUCGAUCACACGGCGUCAAGGCGAACAUUAUCGAUUUCACAAAUUCAAGGUUAUCAAAAGCGGGAGUCAACAUCUACUUGGAUCUCGAAGAAGACCAAGAGCUGUUCCAAGGACAAGGCCACUACCAAUUCGAUAUCUACAGAAUGAUGCAAGCACAUAAUGGUGGCAAUUGGUGUGACUUCAACCCAAAAUCAAACGUUUUCUGGAUCCAUUAUAUGUCAAAGGAAUUGCUCUCGAGAGUGGCCAAGAAGAGAAUAACACCGAAACGGAAGAAGCAAUUGGAGGCGAUAUUUGACAAGGUGCUAAUGUUUGAUGAGUUGAGUGCUUUUGUCUACGAUGAGGUGAUGAAUGAUGUGUGCGAAAAAUACCUCGUUGAG